UUCGAUUUACAUGUUUAGACUUUAGUCAAAAUUGAACUUAACCUAAUAAAAUAGGCGAUUAAAGGGUUGCUUGCUUAGGAAGACACAUACAGCUUCCGUGGCUGCUAAUGUAGAGGAACCGGACCGCUUUCCCUUUUAUUUCCCUCUUUCAGUCUUUCUCCAUCUGUCGUUUUAUUAAUUAAUUACUAAUUGUUUGCUCUCGACCUAACAAAAAGGCAAGGGGCAAGCAACACAAAAGGGCCAAAGAGGGCAUUUUCGGAGGAGUGCAGGGCAGCAAUCGGAAUUCAAUCGAAAGAGCAAUAGAAAACUUCCCUUCCUCUUCUUCACCCGUCGGCCUCACGCAGUUCGCCGAGGUUCUUCCUUCUCCUCUUUCAUCGAUUGCUCGCUGAGACUCGGCCAAGAUGCAUUCCAGUCACUUGCUGCUCGAGGAGCCUAUUCGCAUGGCUUCCAUCCUCGAGUCCUCAAAGUCUAGCUUCUUCCCGGCAAUGACUAAGAUUGUUGGGACUCUCGGCCCCAACUCGCGAUCUACGGAGGUGAUUGCGGGAUGCCUCACGGCUGGAAUGUCGGUGGCUCGGUUCGAUUUUUCGUGGGGUGACUCUGAGUAUCACCAGCAGACUUUGGAGAACCUGAAGGCUGCCAUCAAGAGCACCAGGAAGCUCUGCGCCGUUAUGCUCGAUACGGUGGGUCCUGAGUUGCAGGUCCUUAACAGAAGUGAACAACCCAUUUCACUCCUGCAAGAUGGUCUUGUUAUCCUGACACCAGAUAGGGAACAGAAUGCCUCAUCAGAAAUAUUGCCCAUCAACUUUGAUGGGCUAGCUAAGGCUGUGAAACCUGGUGAUACCAUAUUCGUUGGUCAAUAUCUCUUCACUGGCAGUGAAACUACUUCUGUCUGGCUCGAGGUUUCUGAGGUGAAAGGAGAAGAUGUGGUAUGUGUGAUUAAAAACACCGCUACAUUGGCAGGGUCGUUGUUCACUCUACAUGCUUCUCAAAUCCGUAUUGAACUACCCACCCUUUCUGAAAAGGAUAAGGAGGUUAUUAGUGCUUGGGGAGUGCCAAAUAAAAUUGACUUUCUUUCAUUAUCUUAUACCCGACAUGCAGAAGAUGUCCGUCAGGCCCGUGAGUACCUCUCUAAGCUAGGAGACCUGAGCCAAACUCAAAUCUUUGCCAAGAUUGAGAAUGUCGAGGGAUUGACGCAUUUUGAUGAGAUAUUACAAGAGGCUGAUGGCAUUAUUCUUUCCCGAGGGAACCUGGGCAUAGAUCUUCCCCCUGAGAAGGUGUUUUUGUUUCAGAAAGCUGCCCUUUACAAGUGCAACAUGGCUGGCAAGCCUGCUGUGGUAACCCGUGUUGUGGACACUAUGACCAACAACUUGAGGCCAACUCGUGCUGAAGCUACUGACGUUGCCAAUGCUGUUCUAGAUGGGAGUGACGCAAUUCUUCUUGGUGCUGAAACUCUACGUGGGAUAUACCCUGUGGAAACCAUUUCUACAGUUGGCAGAAUUUGUUGCGAGGCAGAGAAGGUUUUCAAUCAGGAUGUGUAUUUCAAGAAAACUGUCAAAUAUGUUGGAGAGCCGAUGACUCACUUAGAAUCUAUUGCCUCCUCUGCGGUUCGAGCAGCCAUCAAGGUGAAGGCCUCUGUCAUCAUAUGCUUCACUUCAUCAGGAAGGGCCGCUAGACUGAUUGCCAAGUAUAGACCAACAAUGCCAGUCAUCUCUGUUGUUAUCCCCAGACUCAAGACAAACCAACUUAAGUGGAGUUUCAGUGGUGCCUUCGAGGCAAGGCAAUCGCUUAUUGUUCGAGGUCUCUUCCCAAUGCUCGCUGAUCCGAGACACCACGCGGAAUCAACGAGUGCCACAAAUGAUUCAGUCCUUAAGGUUGCUUUGGACCACGGGAAGGCCUCAGGUGUGAUCAAGUCCCACGACAGAGUAGUCGUCUGCCAGAAAGUCGGAGAUGCGUCGGUGGUUAAGAUCAUCGAGCUUGAAGAUUAGAGGUGAUGACACAUUACACAAUGUAAUGGGCAAAUUUUGUCUCCCCCUCCCUACAUGUUAGACCAACUAUAUAAGGAAGUGGGUGACAAGGGUUUAUGAUAUUAUUACAACAUUCACUGCGGAGGGUGUAAAAGCCUCCAAUUUUUUGGGCGUAUUUAGUUCUUGGUUUUGAGAUUGUAUUAAGGAAAUGAAAUACACUGAGCAAUCUGUUCUUAGCUCAGCCUAUAAACUACCGGGAGGUGGAAAUUUGGGAGAUCUUGCCUUUGUGCCUACGAAAAUGUUUCACUGUUUUAUGCAUAGUUGCCGUCCAAGUAUCUACAUGGGUAUAAAUGAUAUUUUUCUGAAAUUGCUUAGCAAAGAAACUUAAUUACUACAUUACGUUGUACUGUUGAUAUUAUGGCUAGUGGUAUUACCAUUAGAUCAAUCCCUUGUUCGUUUCAACACAAGAGAUGUUGUCAUUCUUGACCUAAAGCUCGAGAUUUAUUCAUUUCAACAAUCACACAUGGAGCCAAGGGCAAAAAAUAUUGUACUGCUAACACUACUCCUGCCACUACUACUAUAAAUGUCCUCCUCAAAUCUUCUUACUAUGUUAGGAUCGUCUGGAAACAUCUCCUUCUGAACUUCAAUGUAGUAUCUCAUGAACUCUGCAAAGUACCAGCGAGUGUGAUAAGAAGAACCCGUCGUCGAAAUCUCCCGAUCAAAACGCUGUGUUCUGGGCUCCAACAGUGAUGAAUCUUUGUCCACGCCGGAAUGAAAAUUAAGAGAACGAGAAGAAGCAACGUCGUCACUCGAUUCUUUUCUUCGGCCAGAAAAAGUGAGCAAAGAAAUCAAUGUAUCUUUCACUGUUUCCAAGGUACUUCGAAUCCUCCUUGUUACUCUACAUUUGGAUUCCUCAUUGUUUGAGAAAGGGGGAGAAUACGUCAUAUUAGAGUCGGAACACUCAGUAUUCACGUGUUUGCAUUCUUCCUCCAAUAACAAACGCCAUGCUUCAUCGAGAGCGUCCAUUUUACUUUGAGACGGAUAACUUGGAUCGAACCAGAACUUCUCUUUUCGUUCUUCAUGCUCACGAGCCAUGAGUUGGUCGAACUUAAUUUAGAAUGAAGGCAUUUGAGGCGGAGAAACCGAAUUUAUAAAGGAGAGGAAUGUAUGUAUGCAUGCACAUGAUCUCUUUUUAUUAACUUCUCCAUUCAUUAAUUAGCUUCCUGUUCUGUCAAUGGGGACAGGAUCUUUGCUACAUAGUAAGUUUCCUUUCGUUGCCAUGAACGCAAAGCUUGGUUCUUUUGACUGUUCUCCAAUGUUUCUGUUUGUUUCCAUGUAUUGUUAGGUGAUGAUCUGAACUGUUUCGAGUUGUAAAUGGAAACUUUUAGUGGAAAAGGAAACCAAUUCAAUACUGAAUACCCUGAGCGGAAUUCCACAUAUAUUUUCUACCAUAAAUAAUAAGGAUAGUAGAAUGCAAGGACUCGUACUAUUUGUGUCUAGUUAAAAUGUAAAUUUAAUACUAUUUGUGUCUAGUUAAAAUGUAAAUUUAAGAAUGUCUGUUGAAAGUGAGCGUAUACGGUGCUUUUAUUCGACACAAUCUAAGUUUCAAGUAAUAAUUACAUGAAAAAAACUAAAUUGACUUUGACAUAGAUCAAAAUUGGAUAGAUAUGAACACAAAUGGUAAAAACAACAAAACGAUCACCCACCGAGAGGCAUCCAUGUCAUACUAUGAAAAGUGCGAUCGUGUGAUUCUUUAUUAUAUUCGGAAUAAACAGAAUGGUUUAGU